AUGAGCCCUACAGAGGAGGCAGCAUUUUAUUGUGAGGCAGGGCUGGACAGGGAUGGCUUGGAAAAUAGAGGAACUGGUUUGUUUGCCACCAAAGAUUUUCCAAAGGGAUCCUUUCUUUUGGAAAUUGUUGGUGAGAGAAUAACUGAGGAAGAAGCAGGAGAAAGGAAGAAGCGAAAAAGAAAAAAGAACCCACUUUCAUUUUACUUCUUCUCUUGGAAAGGUAUAAAGUGUAUUGAUGCCACAAGGACGAGGAACAGAUUUUGUCAUGUUGCUAAUGCUGCUCAAACUGACCUCAAGGAAAAUGCGGCUAUGAAAGUUAAAGUGUUCAAGAAUUACCCCCGUCUUUGUUUAUUUUCAACAAAGUGUAUCAAAUCUGGGGAGGAAAUAUGCUAUAAUUUCAUGAAAUCAGGCAAUCUUCCUCGGAGAGAAGAUACAGCCAGUUCUGUGUCAAAGACAAAAUCUGUAAACAAAUUUGACGAGCUUGAUGACAGCAAACAUGAAAUUGACCGGGAUCCUUUCGAUGUUGAAAAAGAGGGAAAGACACAUCAGGCAUGUAAAGGUAUUUGCUGA